UGAUUGGCAGACAGUGCGUCCCUGUUACAAUGGUUACAAGAAGCAGCCCCGUACUGGAACACACGCAGUAACGCAACAAAGAGGGAAGUGCACAGGGACAUGGAAAGUGUGAGGGAGAAGCUCCUGAGCCGUCUUCCUUCUUAGUUGUGUCCUCCUGGAAGUUUGGAGCUCCGUGUGUGGCCGUGCUAUGGGCUGCGCUCCCUGACUCUCCGCUCCCUGACUCCCUCCUCACCUCAGGGCCGACCAUAGAAGAAGAUGCUGAUGGUGGUGCCCGGCUGGAGACUGUAUUAUCUUACUACUACUAGUCCAGUGACGUUGUAGAGCCCGGAAUAAUAAUACACAGGGUACAGGAGUCACCCCAGGGCGAGAUAAUAUGCAUGUGUCAUUGGCUGAAGCUUUGGAAGUUCGAGGAGGGCCGUUACAAGAGGAGGAAAUAUGGGCCGUUUUGAAUCAAAGUUCUGAAAGUCUGCAAGAGCUGUUGAGGAAAGCUGAUCCUGCAGCUCUUGGAUUUAUCAUCUCCCCUUGGUCUCUCCUGCUGCUGCCCUCCGGAAGCAUAUCAUUUACAGAUGAAAAUGUUUCCAAUCAAGAUUUGCGUGCCUUCACUGCACCUGAGGUUCUCCAAAGCAAGUCCUUGUCUUCUCUCGCAGAUAUUGAAAAGAUUCACAUUUAUUCCCUUGGAAUGACCUUAUAUUGGGGAGCAGAUUAUGAAGUACCACAAAGCCAGGUAAAUCCACAUGAUCUAUGUCCAAAGCCUAUUAAGUUGGGGGAACGGUUGAAUAGCAUUUUACUUGACAUGUGCGAGGACCAGUUUUUAACAAGACUAUCCACUCGAACAGUUUUAGAUGGCUGUAGUGCCCAUAUUCGCAACAGCAACUGUGCGCCUUCCUUCUACUACAUCAAACAGCUGGUGAAGCUGGUUCUGGGAAGUUUAUCUGGGAUAGACCAAGUGGGAAAUAAAGCAAAUGAACCAAAUCGCUCUCAAGCAAUCCGUGACAGACUAAGAGGAAAAGGUCUUCCUUCGGGACAGUGCUCAGUACAAGAUGAGCUUGAUGUCAGCUACAAUAAAAUCUCACAGCAGAACUUUCUUAACAGAGGCCUCAGUAAAUCAAUGGGGUUCCUUGCCUUUAAGGACCAACCAGAGGAGGAGGAAGACUAUUGCACAUCCCCAGUUCCUAGCUCCAGAUAUGAUGAUCCUACAAGUGCUUAUUAUGCUUAUAAUGAUUUCAGACCCACUCAGUUAGGGGGGAAACUUAGUGACCAUUGUCAAAAGAAAAAAAUUUGGGCAUCAUCUUUUGACUUAACAUCUGUUACCAGCCAAGCCGCAGAGAAAGCCAGUUCUGCUGGGGACCCAUAUAGAUUGCCUUGUUUUUCUGAAGCCCUAAAUGGACGGACUAUAUCCAUAUCUAAACUAAAGGAUCUCAGACAGUCAAGUGGAGCAGGGGAUGCUUUAAUGCAACAGAGGUUGGACCAAGCUAGACACGGACCAGAUGUGCCAACGUCGGUCGCAAUUUCAAGUGCCUUGGGCAGAAUUAGAGAAAAACAGAAAAGACUUCAAGUAUUGAGAGAAGCAAUGAGCAUAGAAGAGCCUGGAAGAUUGCACAGAUCAUCUCACAGUGACGCCUAUAGUACGUCUAGUGAAAGCCCAUCUAUUGUAUCAUCAGAAGCAGAAUUUAGACAAGGGAGAAAAUCUGAAGGAUUAAAACGAUACGAUUCCACAGGAGUCCUCACUGGAUCAGAGGAGUCAAACCGUGCUCAGCAUCCUGGAAGCCAGCAGUAUGACAACCCAUCUGACAGAGCCCAGAUCAAUCAAGAAAUGCGGAAACGACAAGAGGAAGACAUGAUUCAAUUACAAGCCAGAAUGGCUUUAAAACAAUCUCGGCUGAACUUGUAUUCAGGUGAAAUGCCUGUAUCAUCUAUGCUGGACAUCAGUAGAGAUCCUCUACGAGAAAUCGCCAUGGAGACGGCCAUGACACAGAGGAAACUGAGGAACUUUUUUGGCCCAGAAUUUGUAAAAAUGACCGUUGAACCCUACAUUUCUUUGGAUCUCCCACCAUCAAUUUUGGCCAAAAAAGGAAAGACAGAUGAGACCCGUCGAAAGGUUAACAUCAUUCUCCUUAGUGGACAAAGACUUGAAUUAACGUGUGAUAACAAGUCUACCUGUAAGGAUGUAUUUGACAUGGUUGUGGCCCACAUUGGGCUUGUUGAACAUCACUUGUUCGCUUUAGCAAUGCUGAAAGAAAAUGAGUUCUUCUUUCUUGAUCUUGACCUGAAACUGUCAAAAGUUGCUCCAGAUGGUUGGAAAGAAGAUACAAAGAAGAGAGGAAAAUCUGCAAUCAAUUUCUCCUUGUAUUUCAGGAUAAAGUUUUUUGUCGACGAUGUCAGUCUUAUCCAGCACAGCCUUACUUGCCAUCAGUACUACCUACAGCAAAGAAAAGACAUCCUAGAAGAGAGGCUGUAUUGUGAUGAUGAAGCAGCUAUGCUGUUGGCGUCCCUGGCUCUUCAAGCAGAGUACGGAGAUUACCAGCAAGAAGUUCAUGGUCUAGCUUAUUUUAAACUGGAACACUAUCUCCCUGUUCGAGUGAUAGAGAAAAUGGAUCUGUCUUAUAUGAAGGAGGAAUUGUCCAGGCUACACAGCACAUACGCAGGAGCUUUAGAGAGGGAAGCAGAACUUGAAUUCUUGAAAGUGUGCCAGAGGCUUACUGAGUAUGGGGUUCAUUUCCAUAGAGUGCUCCCAGAGAAGAAGUCUCAAACUGGCAUCCUUCUCGGGGUGUCUCCUAAGGGAGUCCUCAUCUUUGAGGUGCACAAUGGCACACGGACCCCAGUGCUGCGAUUCCCAUGGAGAGAAACAAAGAAGAUUUCUUUUACUAAGAAAAAAAUAAGUUUGCAGAACACAUCGGAUGGGAUCAAACAUGUUUUCCAAACAGACAGCAGCAAGACUUGCCAAUACCUCCUCCACCUCUGCUCUUCUCUGCACAAGUUCCAGCUACAAAUGAGAGCCAGACAAAGCAGCCAAGAGAAUCAAGAGAUUGAAAGAGCGUCUCUAAGGAGCCUGAACAUCCAGGCAGAAACUCUGCGUGGUUUGACCAUGGGUAGGGCUAUUAGCACAACCAGCCUGGCUAGCACCACAUUAAAUCGAAUGGCAGUACGACCUGUAUCCAUCCAGCCUGAUCUUCUCAAGAGACUGUCUUGCUCAGACCUAUCCGCCCUUCAAACACACCUAGGCAGUGGGGGGAAAGAUCGAAAAGCAAAAAACCCCUGGGAGGACAGACCGCGGGUUAUAAGCAAAUCUUACCAUGACCUCAGUCAAGUUGCUCAGUCACCCCAGCGGAGAAUGCUGAAUGCCAGAAUGGAUAAUCCUCCAACCACACUGGAAGAAUUGAUGAAUCAGGCAUCCUUUCAUCAAAUGGCAAAGUCAGAUACAGAGUCAGUGACUGGAUGUGGAAGGCUCAAUGAGUCGAAGUCAUUCUCAGGAUUUAAUAUGAACCCAGAUAUUCGGAAACCUGAGUCAGACUCUUCGUCGAUGGAGGACAGUGGCCACGCCUAUGUUGUCGGCGUUAGUAUGCAUAGCCUUGGGAGUCCAUCUUCGCCUAACCUUUAUAAAGGAAAUGAAAAGAUGCAGAGCAAAGUGCUGACUUCUACACCUGAGAGAGAGAUCACUUUGGUAAAGUUAAAGAAGGAUCCCAAGUAUGAGCUUGGGUUUCAGAUAAUGGGUGGAGAGACAACAGGAAAGCUCGAUCUUGGCAUAUUUAUCGGCUCUAUAACACCAGGUGGACCUGCAGACGUUGAUGGACGUUUGAAGCCAGGAGAUCGCCUGAUAUCUGUGAACAGUGUGAGUUUAGAGGGCGUCAGUCAUCAGACAGCUCUGGACAUACUUCAGACUUCACCAGAGGAUGUUACACUUCUAGUAUCUCAACCAAAGGAGAAACAUCAACAAGAACAUCAGCCCAAUGGGUUAAAAAUCUUACCCCGCGCACCUUUUUCCAGUCAAGACAUCGAGGCAGAGUCAUCUUCAGAAGAACGAAGAAAGGUUCGAGGUCACGUGAGACUUCUAUCUGGAAGUUCAUCUGGAGUCUCUGCUGAGAAACGAGAAGGAAGCUUAAGUUCUCAGGACUCACGAACAGAAAGUGCAAGCCUGUCUAACAGUCACAUCAAUGGCCUCAUCAGGAACCUCGCAAAGGAGCAGACCACUCCUCUGUCACAAUCUGCCAGAAGCUCUCCAUUAGUCAGCGCUAAGUGCAGUGACAGAAAGAAAACUCAAGGAGACAACAAUCGCAGAGGAAGAGGGAAGCGUUCAGGCCUGACUGACUCCACAGAUUAUUCUGACAGGGGAGACUCCGACAUGGAUGAGGCCACCUCUUCAAACAGCCAUGAACCAAGGACCGCCAGAAAGGAGUCAGUUUUGGGGGUUCCAGCACAGAAGCUCAAUACUAACAGACUUCCAACAGUACCCCUAAAACCAGGAGAUAUCUUUACGGUUGUGCUGCCCAAAAAGGAUGACAGCUUGGGGAUAAGUGUCACGGUACUGUUUAAAAAGGGAGGUGUAAACACCAGCGUAAAACAUGGUGGAAUCUAUGUGAAAGCUGUGAUACCAAAGGGUGCAGCUGAAGCUGAAGGCAGAAUACAAAAGGGUGAUCGAGUGCUUUCUGUUAAUGGAACCAGCCUGGAGGGUGCCACACAUAAACAAGCUGUGGAGACAUUGAGAAAUACUGGCCAGGUGGUAACGUUGGUAUUGGAAAAAGGACAGCUACCAGCUGUGAAAGUCCAUGCUCCAGUUACCCCUCAAUGUACACCACCUAACCAAGCUGAGACAAGCAAACAACAAGAACAGAAGGCUUCUGUACCACCAGAAUACAGCUUUAUAACUAAUGACAAUGUCUAUGAAGUGAAACUAGUGAAGAGCAGUUCUGGCCUGGGAUUCAGCUUUUCUCGAGAGGAAAAUCCCCUUUCAGGUCAGGAGGACUCAAGCGUAGUUCGAGUUAAGAAACUGUUUCCAGGUCAGCCAGCUUCAGAUUGCGGCAAAAUAAAUGUUGGAGAUGUCAUCCUAAAGGUGAAUGGAGCCUCACUGAAAGGACUUACUCAGCAGGAAGUUGUUUCAGCUCUGAGGGGGACCUAUCCAGAAGUCACUCUUCUGAUGUGCAGACCACCAGCUGGUACAUUGCCAGAAAUUAGCUCUGUGAUACUGACACCACUAAAUACCCCGCAAAAGUUUCUACCGGAUGAGAACCAAGGUGGCUUUCAUAGCACCGACCAUUCACUUGCACAUGAACAAGAUGAUAGUUCAGAUGAGGAUGAAGAGGUAGCAGAUACAAAUAUAAGGAGACUUAAGAACCCUUCUAGGAGGGAUAGCUAUAGCGAUAGUAGUGGUACAGGAGAAGAAGACUUUAUACCAAUACAAGAUGAGACGCAAAUGUGGAAUGCCACAGUGUACCAAACUCCAUGUGCUUCAAGGGUAUCACCCCAUGGUCAAGUGGAUAGCCCCGGCAUCCAAGAGGAAACAGUCCGCUCCAGCUUUUACACACCAGAACAGACACCUUACAAACCACAAUUUGAAGACAGCAACCCUCCAUCUCCUGUUUCUCUCGAAUUGACUCCAAGUCCCAGUGACAGCGCCCCCCACCUGUUGGAUUCUGGCGCUUACUUAAUUAAUUCAAAGUCGCUUCUUGAAGACUCGUCAUCUUUCAAAAGCCUUAGACUGAAAGACCUUGAGGAUUAUGAGCCAGAGGUGGAGCUGCGUGUGACUCUGACUAAGUCCGAAAAGGGGAGCCUAGGCUUCACAGUGACCAAAGCCAAUGAUUGUGUUGGCUGCUACAUUCAUGACAUCAUACAAGAUCCAGCCAAAAGUGAUGGACGUCUGCAACCUGGUGAUAGACUUAUUAAGGUUAAUGAUGUAGAUGUCUCAAAUAUGAGUCAUACGGAAGCAGUAAAUCUACUCAGAGCAGCACCCAAAACAGUCCGCCUUGUGCUUGGCCGGGUCUUGGAAAUUCCUAAACCACAGUUUCCGGCUCAUCUCCUGUCUGAUGUCACUCUGACAUGCCACAAAGGUUUUUUAGGUCUGUCACUCUCAGGAGGCCCCGAUAGCCCCUCCCAAGUUAUUUAUAUAGAAAAUAUCAAACCAGGCUCAGUUGUUGAUCAAGAAGGGAGCUUGAAAAUUCUGGAUAUCAUCCAUUAUAUCAAUGGAGAAAGCACUUUAAAUAUGACACUAGAUGAAGCAAAGCGUGCCCUUGAAUCGGCUCUACCAGUUGUUGUGCUAAAAGCAACAAGGGAAGGCAAUCCUGUGAUGCAAAGCAAUAAAGAACUUUCAAAACCUUCUAAAGUUAAUGGCUAUCCUGGUGGGGAACGAUUUAGGCGGAUAGAAGAUAAUUCAGAUGUAUAUUCUCCAGAGGCUGGCAUAGUUCAUGUUGUUUUGGAAAAGCCUGCCUCUGGAGAAUUGGGAUUUUCCCUGAUAGGAGGCGAAUAUGGUAUAUUUGUGAAAUCCAUCAGUCCUGGGGGUGUAGCUGACAUAGAGGGGAACUUGCAGGUUGGAGACAGAUUGCUUAAGGUAAAUGGGGAAAUUAUGCAGGGUGCUACACAUAGUAAAGCAGUGUCCUGUCUUCGAAACGCCAAGGGACUGCUACAAAUCGAAGUUUCCCGUGAAUUUAUGCCAAAGGAUACAUCUGAUUUUGACAAGUGUAAUGGAAACCUUGACACUGAAAUGCAUGUAAAAGACCAUCAGAACUAUGAGGAUGAUGAUGAGGAUCAGAAUGAUGUCAUUCAAUCUCUGCUUGAUGUUGUUCAUGAACAAACACAGAACCUUUUACAGCUGAAUCGCCAGAAUGCACUUUCAGAGGAACAAUUCCCAGAGGACUUGAAUGAGAAAGACAUGGAUGAGAAAGCAGAAGACACAGACUGCGAUGGUUCAUCCUUACCUGAUGACUCUCCUGAGCCAGUCAAAUUAAAUGGUGUGGGUCCCUACAACAAGAAUGAGAGACUGCAAAGACAACACGCCACUGGGCCACAUCACAAUGAAGUUGCAGGCAAUGACAAAAUCAUACAGUCAAUAUCUCAGGAUUUGUUCGAUUCCUUUCGAGUAACAAAUGAGAAGCUGUCCAAUCUUCCUCUUGUUCGAGUACAGCCAUCAGGCCAGUAUUCAGGAAAUAACUUAAAGAUGGUCAUACGACAGAUAAAAAGCAUGCUUGAUCAGAAUGCCCCUGCCAAGGAGUUUGAGUUUUUAUCUCUACAGAGACUUCAGGAUUUAAAACCACUUGAUGAAUGCCUUAUUGGACAAAGCAAAGAAAACAAAAAGAAAAACAGAUACAAGAACAUAUUACCAUAUGAUACCACUAGAGUCCAUCUUGGAACAGAUGAUGGUUAUAUCAAUGCAAGUUUUAUCAAGAUGCCUGUUGGCAGUGAAGAAUUCACUUACAUUGCAUGCCAAGGACCUCUCCCUAGUACAGUACCAGAUUUUUGGCAAAUGGUAUGGGAACAGAAUUCUACUUUGAUUGCCAUGAUGACCCAGGAAGUUGAAGGAGGGAAGAUAAAAUGCCAAAGAUAUUGGCCUGAUGGGCCCAACAGGCCAUUACGGAUAAAUAAUGGACUUCAACUGACAUUAUUGAGAACACAGCAACUGGAGAGUUUUUUCCUAAGAAUCUUGGAGUUGCAAGAUAUUCAGACUGCAGAAAUACGACACAUAGCCCACCUGAACUUCACUGCGUGGCCAGAUCAUGACACACCUACAAACCCAAACCAACUUCUCACUUUCAUCUCCUUCAUGAGACACAUCUACAGGAAUGGCCCCAUCAUCACUCACUGCAGUGCAGGCAUUGGUCGAUCAGGCACACUCAUAUGUAUAGAUGUCUUGCUGGGCCUUAUCGGUAAAGAUUUAGAGUUCAGUAUUUCGGAUCUGGUUCGAACAAUGAGGCUUCAAAGACAUGGGAUGAUUCAAACUGAGGAGCAAUACAUUUUCUGCUAUCAAGUUAUCUUCUAUAUUCUAAAGCAACUGCAAGAGGAAGAGCAGCACAAAGGAUCAGUCUCAUAGUGUCUUAUAAAUCUCUCCAGAGAUAUAAGCUCUGGCUAGAAGCCUUUUAUAUUCCAGUUAUUAAUGUUUCCAUAACAAGAGCUGCAUUUUAGUAGCUUACUUAUGUUGAGCUUGUCGUGUCUCAGCUCCAGUGGAUGCCAAGUGCAGUUAAAUAAACUGCCUUUUUUAAAAAAUUUCAGGGGUGAAGGGGAUUGUAAAAACAGUAUUUUUAAUAUAAUUCGUAUUACAUGUUUGUUAACAUGGUACGCAUGUACAUUUGCAAGCAAUUUUCAAGUAUUUUCAGAAUUUUAAAGUUUAGUUUUCUAGAUAAUAUUUGAAAGCAGUAUUUAAAAACAAAUAAUUAUUUCUAUAGACCAAAACCUAGUAAGUUUAUUGUAAUUAUUACAUACAUUUCAUAAUGUUGACUUAUAUAGAGUUUUAUGUACUAUUUAUAUUCUUUUACAAGGAAAUGUUAGUGUGCCUACCUGUACAAGUAGGCAUGUUCAUUCUCCACUCUGUAAAUAAAAACAUACACGUUGAAGUA